AAACAAUCUUACCCAAGGAGUUCAGGUUUAAUGUGGCUGAUGUCUCUCGUCCUGAGAGAGCUUCCUUGCAGCGCUGACUGAGAGGGCUCACACUCUCCUUGCUACAGAGCAGAAUCGCAGGGCCUCCAGGACGAUGACUCGCCCCAGGCUCCUGAUCCUCUUCCUGAUCCUCUUCGCUGCGCGGACGAGCCUCUCGCUCAAGUUGUACAAGGCCGAGUCCAUCUUUGGCUGUGUCAACGCCGCCCUCUCCGAGGCUCGGAAAGGCCUCCCCGACGAGAACUCGGUCCUGGGCAAGAGGAGCUUCAAGUACCCACGGGGGACUGAAGAAGACCUCUCCUUGGAGGACGACGGAGAGGAAGCCGAGGAGGACAAAAGGACGUUCCCGGCGGUCACCCGCUACAGAUACCUUGCCCAGGCACAAGGGAAAGGCAAGGUGUACCGAGGGCCAGCGAAGGGCGACCGGCGAUCGAAGGUCACCCUCUCGCUCGACGUCCCCACCAACAUCAUGAACAUCCUCUUUAGCAUCGCCAAGGCCAAGAACAUGAGGGCCAAGGCGGAGGCCAACGCUCAACUGAUGGCACAGAUCGGCCGGCGAAAGUGA